UUUAGAGGUUGCUCAAGACGUUUAAAAAACGGCAGAUAUUGUCGUUUUUCCGUAUUUUUGAGUUUUGUAAGAUGUAUUGUGUGCCAGAUUAUGGUAUUUUGUAUCAUACAUUUAUGUUGAAAUUGACUUGGCUAUUCUUAAAAACACAGCCGUGAAUUAAUAUUGAUUCAUGUUUGUCACAUUCAGUGGUUUUAUCCAGUCAGGAAUCCAUGACGAAUGAGCUAGCGUCACUGACUGGUUCCGAAGACAACACAGAAGGUGAUAGUGAUGACGAGUGCUAUUCUGCCCCAGCAUGUGAUUCCAGUGGGUCCAACCUCUGGUCCUGAUGUUAAGAUUUUCAAAAGACAUCAAAGAUGAUACCACUGAUUUUGUCAUGAAACACCUCAACUGUUUUCAACCAAGAGAUGAUUACAGAGAGCUCCUGGAACUCGUCAUAAUUUUUCUCGGCGGUAGUCCUCCUCGUGGUGUUCAUUUCAGGAUUCCUGGAGCUAUACAUCACGCACGCUGGAUGGCGAAGGCAUUGUAUGCUCUCAAGAUUUAUCUAUUUCGAGAACAGUUCAAGCUCACUGCUCAUGAAAACAAAGGCAUUCGUGAUGUUUGUGUGUUCAUCGUCCCAUUGUACGUACGAGUCUGGUUCACUGCUCCUGAUGCCGUCUCUGCUCCUCGUCAUGAUCUGUGGUUUUUGCAAAGUUUGAAGAUGUAUGAGGACAUCAACCCAGCAAUUUCCAAAGCUGCAGUCAGUAAGUUUUCAGGACACCUUUGGUAUUUAAGUGAAGAGUUGGUAGCGUUGGCCCUCUUCGACCCAGCAGUAACCAAUGAUACAAAGAGAGCCAUGGUGGAAGCUAUGUUGGAGGAAGGAUCUGCUUCUGAUAGUUUGCCAAAAGGUCCAAAGCGCAUACAAGCUGCCAAGAAGUCCAUCCAGGAAAUGUCCCUUGUGGGGUGUGUGAACCGAAACACCAAGAUUUUCUUCACAAAUUUGGACAUAGCUGCAGAAUUUCUCCAGGCUGAACCAGAAACAUGGGACUCCCGAGACGACUUCAAGGCAGCAUCUUCCAUCGUGCACAGUCUGAAGGUUGUUAACGAUUUAGCUGAAAGGGGAGUGGCACUCAUCGAAGAGUACAAUCCUUUGUUAACUAAUGAUGAGGAACAGAAACAAUACUCGCUGCAAGUCGUACAGGACCACAGGAAGAGCUUCCCCGAUGCAAAAAAGGCCAUACUGCUCCAGACUAGUGAAAUCAAUAAAUAAUCAUCAGUCACUGAUAGUGAACCUUUCGUAUGUUGCCAUACAUUUUAGUUUAUUAAUCAGUCAAAAUAUCUUGACAAUAGUUUGGUUCAAAUCAAUUUGUUUCUUGUUUUGAAGCACUCCUCACAGUUUUGCACUAGCUGUGAACCUGAGGACACCAGCGGUAUUCUGUAACAAUGACUGUAAUCAUAAGGCGGUUGCAAAUUAGGUUUACGAUUCCACAAAUAUACAUGUAACCAUGUGUUGUUUGUAUUAUGCUUUAAUUUUUAGAUUUGUAUCUGGUGUAUGCAUUGUGAAGUUUCACUACAUUCAGUUGAUAAUAAAGAAAUUGAAAGCAUUUUUUCCAAAAUAACCGAUAACGGUAAAAUUUCUAAAAAUACGAACAUUUUGGAAAUUUCAAAGGCUGUGAGCAACCUCAAAAUAUUGCAUAAUUACUUUGAAAAUUUGCACAGUUUACUUUUUUUUAUUUCCUAACACAUUGAGGGGGUGAGAGUUGAACAUUUCCCCCCAAAAAAUUUUGACCCAAUAUAAGGACCACCCUAACGUCGGCUAUGAACGAACACUUGAAGCGCCGUCACCCAAG